GCUCCGAUAAUGUCGAACCUCAUAAUAUUGUUUCUCGCUGUUAUAGCAGUGAUAGAAACUGUUCCAGCUCAAUCGUUGGACUUAAAUAAAAUUUUGGAAUUGAUACAGCAGCAACGACUUAAUUCGGGAACAAGUAAGCAGGGCAGAAUUCAGCUUCGUCAAGAACUUAUAGAAGCAGAUUCCGAUUCAGAUGAUGAUAGCCUUAGUGAAUCAGAUAACGAUGAUGAUUCUGAUAAUAAUCGCCUUGAAAGGCUAAGAAAACAAAGUAUAAUAGAUUUAAUAGAAAAAGUAGCUAAUGAAAAAAAUGAUAGACAUAGAAAUAAUGAUCGUAAUUCGUACCUUAGUGAAAAAUCAAAUUUAGGACCUAUACUGUUAGGCAGUAAUAGUGAUAAGCGUGACAAUUCUGAUGGUGCUAACAAUCUACAAAAAGAUAUUCUUGAUAAAUUAUUUUCGAAAAGUUUAAUUGAAGAAGAACGCAAAGCAAAACAAAGAGUUGGCUACCAAAAACAGAAACGCUUAUCGCCCGCUUUGAGUUUAAAUAAAUUAAACAAUUAUAAAAAUGAUGCAGUAAAAGGUCUUGGAGAUUAUUCUAAAAUAUAUGUAGUUUUGAAUCCUCAAGCUGCUCAAAGAAGCAAGAACAAGAAUGCACUUAAUGAUUUGAUUUCCAAAGUACUUUUGGUGUCUGGGUCUUCAUCGAAAAUGUCUCGUCCAGUGAAUAAGAAGCCCCGUCGCUACAAAGGAUUUGUUCUAGACGACCGUGCGAGGCGGUCCAGGUCAUACAGAAAGAAUUAUCGAAGAGAUUCAAUGGGCGAUGAUUAUGGGCGGAAAAGACCACGAAAUGGUGGCAACCCGGCUGGACACACGUCUAUACCAUACAUACGUCAUAGAGGAGACAUAUACGAGAGGGAUGAUUAAAUUAAUUCCUUUUUAUAUAUUAAUGUGGUUCUCCUAUUAAAUUAAUAAAUU